AUCACCAAAGUUAAGUAGGGAAUUCAGAGUCUUAUGACCCAGAAUAUGGUUCAGGACGAGGCUGUCACAUCUAAGGCCGCCCUCCUAUCCCCAAGUCUCUAGUUUGUCUGGAUCCGCAGUGUCCCACCUCUCUUACAAACGUGGCCAGGGCUGGAGCCCCAGAGGUGGCCGGGAAGAGGCUCCUGAUGUUGGGGAGAUGGAGCUAUUUCCCAAACUCGGGACAAGGGUGUGACACUGGGGCCUCUCUCGGACCUGUGUGUAGUCUCUGGAUUCGGAGAACGACGCGGAGAGUCACGGCGCCAGGGCACAGGUGGGAGGGCGCGCGAGCGGCAGAGCGCGACUGAUAGGGGCGGGCGCGCGGGACCUGGCAGCCACCACAGAGAUCGUCCGGUGCCCGCGGCUCGGGCCCCCGCCCCCUUUGGCGGCCGCUCUAAGCUUCUCCGACUGGGAACCAGGAGCAGCCGCAGCGGCCCCCCGACUCUCUACCGCCACAGAAUCGCAGACCAGGCGACCCGCAGGCACUGGUCGCUUCCUGCCCCAUCGCGGGAACCAGAGGCGCGCGAGGCUGUCACCACUCCGGAAUCCCGUACAGCGCAGGGUGAGCGACCCUCGGGUCUGGGAACGGUCAGUUGCAGGGCCCUGAGCACCCUCUGGGGUGCCAGAUGGGGCUUCUAGGGGGGUGCAGGGUCGAAGUUGGGUCGAUUUGCCAGUGCUACCCAGAAGGACAUGCUGCCGCCUGGGCGCAAUGGCACCGCGCAUCGGGUGCGAUUGGGGCUGCUGCGGCAGCUGGCGCAGGUGGGCGCCCCAGGGGACUCAGCGGCCCAGCUGGGACCCGCGCAGGUGGUUACCGCCGGCCUCCUGACUCUCCUCAUAGUCUGGACCUUGCUUGGCAAUGUGCUAGUGUGUGCAGCCAUCGUACGCAGCCGCCACCUGCGCGCCAAGAUGACCAACAUCUUCAUCGUAUCCUUAGCAGUCUCAGAUCUCUUCGUGGCAUUGCUGGUCAUGCCCUGGAAGGCCGUGGCUGAGGUGGCUGGGUACUGGCCCUUUGGGGCUUUUUGCGAUGUCUGGGUGGCCUUUGACAUCAUGUGUUCCACUGCCUCCAUCCUGAAUCUGUGUAUCAUCAGUGUAGACCGCUACUGGGCUAUCUCCAGGCCCUUCCGCUACGAGCGCAAGAUGACCCAGCGCGUAGCCCUGGUCAUGGUGGGCCUGGUUUGGGCCUUGUCCAUCCUCAUUUCCUUCAUUCCGGUCCAACUCAAUUGGCACAGAGACAAGGCAGGCUCCCAGGGCCGAGAGGGCCUACUGUCCAAUGGGACGCCCUGGGAGGAAGGCUGGGCGGAGAACUGUGACUCCAGCCUGAACCGAACUUACGCCAUCUCCUCCUCGCUCAUUAGCUUCUACAUCCCGGUGGCCAUCAUGAUCGUGACCUACACGCGCAUCUACCGCAUUGCCCAGGUGCAGAUCCGCCGGAUCUCCUCCCUGGAGAGGGCAGCUGAGCAUGCUCAGAGCUGUCGGAGUCGCGGGGCCUGCGAAUCUGACCCCAGCCUGCGAGCAUCCAUCAAGAAGGAGACCAAGGUUUUCAAGACACUGUCAGUGAUCAUGGGGGUCUUCGUGUGUUGUUGGUUACCUUUCUUUAUCCUUAACUGCAUGAUUCCUUUCUGCAGCAGUGGGGAUGGCCAGGGCCCAAGGACUGGCUUCCAUUGUGUCAGUGAGACCACCUUUGACAUAUUCGUCUGGUUUGGCUGGGCCAACUCCUCUCUCAACCCCAUCAUCUAUGCCUUCAACGCUGACUUCCGGAAGGUGUUUGCCCAGUUGCUGGGGUGCAACCACCUCUGCUUCCGGACCCCCGUGCAGACUGUGAACAUCAGUAAUGAACUCAUCUCCUACAAUCAAGACACCGUCUUCCAUAAGGAGAUCGCUGCUACCUAUGUCCACAUGAUCCCCAAUGCGGUGUCCUCUGCAGACAGGGAGGUGGAUGAGGAAGAGGAGGGGCCUUUUGAUCACAUGUCCCAAAUCUCUCCAACCACCCCAGACGGUGAACCGGCUGCCCACUCUGUCUGGGAGCUUAACUGUGAGGAGGAGGAGGUUUCCUUAGGCAAAAUCUCACCUCUCACCCCCAACUGUUUCCAUAAAACUGCUUAGAAAUAUCCUCAUGAGAAUAUACAAUUGCAGCCAUAUUAGCAGGCAUGCACACACACACACACACACACACGCACGCACGCACACACACACACACUCUCCCAGUGUGCAUAUGCUUUUUGUAGGCCAGCUGCAUAGAAACCAAACGAUUCUUAGCUGAGAAAAUUAGCCAAGGCUGUUGUUGUAAUAACCUCAGAUAUUCUGAGUUUAUUCAGAAAAGUAUUCCCAUUAGGGAAGAGAGAAAGAACCCUGGUCCUUUAAGAGCACACGUCAGCUUAACCUUCCUGACAUAGGCUUGUUCUGUGAUUUGUGCCUGGGUUGCUUUUUAAAUGACAGCUUUCUGAAGGGCAGUAGUUGGGGUGCACUGUGACUUACCAGAGACUUAGAGUCUGUAGCCCCGUGCUUUGUUUAGCUUAGGUUGGGGCCCCUUUCUGGGCCUGGGAGGUCUUCCUAAUUUGUUCUGGUUUUUAAUGAGGUCACAGGUCAUGUGCUGGCAGGUGGGGGGAGUCCCCUUCGUGUUGUGGGUUGGUUCAGUGUUGCUCCUGGCGGAACCCCAGUGAGGGCUGCUCCCGGCAAAGCCUCAGCGUGCUCUUGAAAGACAGCUAGAUUUUGGAGCACACUGUCUUUUGCUGAGCAGCGAGCUUUAGGGAACACACCAGACAAGGGGCCUUGAGGACGUGCUGAUUUCUCAGCUUUCUUUCAAUCAGGCAGUCACACCUCCAGGGCACACUGAAAGCUAGCUUCACCUCCACAGUGUUAGAUUCAGACUUCUCAAGCCUGAUGCUCCGUUAAAUCUUAUCUCUUGGACCCUUCUUCUAGGGUCGCAGGAGGCAACGGUCCUAGUCGCGAGACAAAGGCUCUCACUUCAUUAAAAGGGCCACCUAGAACAACAGCCCUGUCACCUCCACCUCUGGACUGCUUCAGACUGACAUGCGUUCUGCAAACCACGUUUUCUAGGGUCUUUUAGAUGCGAUAUGUUUCAAUAUGCUUCAACACCUAAAUCCUGCUUGGAAGCAGAUGAUUUUGUUUGCAGCCAGUAGCGAAAGAAAUGACUUCAACCUACAUGCAGAAGCCAGGGGUGAAAAGUGACCAGAUGCACGCAUAGGGCGAGGGACUCACAAGGGAGCCCACCUGUCUGCCUUUCCUUCUCUGUGCCGAGCACAGCAAAGGGUACUUUAUUCUGAAAUGAUUUCAUUUGCACAGAUGUAAAAAUACAACAAAAACAAAUGAACUGUGCAUACACUCCCCUGCUUCAAAGACGGCUUCUCAAGGACAGUUCAAUCAAUCUUGGUUUCCUUACAGACCAUUGUGUUGUGAGUUGUCUGAACAGCCGUGUCUUGUUUCUUGUAAAACGCGCAG